AUGCUCUCAUCCCUCCUUCCUUUCCUCCUCUACACUCCCGCCCUCGCGGCCCCUCAGGCUGAGUCGUCCUCCGCUCCCGUCGUGUCUUCCUCUGUCACCUCGCGCCCGGCGCCCUCAUCCACGGGUGUGUCGAGCUUCGUCUCGUCGGCGGCUCCGGUCACCGUCGCUGCCUCCACCGUGACGACCGCGUCUGCUCCCGCCACGACCGGGACCUGCAACAACGGCGCAAACUGCUACGCCGCGGCGCAUGGUUGGGCGAACUACGAGCCGUACCAGGGGCACCUCAUGGACGCGUGCACCGGCGACGACGGUGUCGUGAGCGGGACGGGCAACCUGUGGGGCAGCAAGGCUUGCGUGGCGGUCGCCGUCAGCAACCGCAAGGUUUGGCCCCAGCUCGUACAAGGAUUGGCGUCCUGCGGUCACCAGCAGAUCGCUUGUCAGGCUGACCAGCCGAACCUCGACUACAACGUCUACGCGUCCAUCGUCGGCGACUGUGCCUGGGAGCCCAACGGCUGCCCCAUCACGCAGCAGAACUUCAUCGACUUCAUCUACAGCACGCUCUCCGACAUCGGCUCUGCCGACUGGCCGAGCGACGUCAACACGCUCGUCUCGGAAGGCUGGCAGCCGCUCCUUGACUGGACCAAGACGGGCGAUAGCAUCCCGUACACGAACUUCAACGACUUCCUGCACUACGCGUGA